AUGUCAAAAAUUAUUAAUGAGGAAAGAAAAAAGAAUAAAAAGGGGCAUCCAACACCUAUAGGCUCUUCCCUUGCUACAGAUGCAGAAAAUCAGCAGCUUUUUCAAGUGUUAGGUGUAAAUCGUGUUUCUAUGAUGGCUGGUGUUGCUCAGUUAUUAAAUGCCCUUCCAGAUUGUCCCGAUGUUUGGAGGAAAGUUGAGGAGGGAUUGGCGGUCUUGACAAAAGAUUAUGCUAAAAAACAUUACUCCCUGUGUUUGUAUGACACUUUGAAUCAGAAAAUUGUUUGGGAACAAGUCUUGCAAAAAAACUUUGAAAUCAAAAUUUACGAAAAAUUGCCUCGUUUUAUUACGUUUGAAAGUGAUAUUUGUCCACAUGCAUUAAAUUUUGAGAACACUAACGAGGCGAACAUGUUCAAAAAUAUAUUGAAAUUAACUAUUAAACGAAUUAAUAAUGGAGGAGAAAAGCCACAAGUUCAACAGCCUCAAAUAUCUCCAUCCACAUCUAAUAUUAAUCAAAUGCCAACAGGAAUAACGAAUAUUGGGACUAUUCCCCAAGUUGGCCCAUCUUUCCAACACUUUUUUACACCAAACAAGAAAAUGUUGUCUAAAAAGGAUAAAAAUAGUGAUGGGCGUCGAACGCUUACUACUAAAGAAGAUCUCGGAGAUACAACUGACUUUAAACACAGAGCGCAUAUUGCUUGGGAUGCUCUGGAUAGCUUUAACAAUGAAAGUCCGGGUGCUCCAAUGGAUGAAACUGUUCGUCGUUUACUUCAUGAAAUAGGCCAAAAUCCUUACGAAAUGAAAAAGAGCGAAUUAAAAUUUGCUCAAAAAUUUAUUAACAAAUAUAAUGCUUGA